CUUUACAACGAACAUCGCAGCCAGGUACAGGCAGUGCCUACGAGCCAUGGCGCUGUCUAUGAUAGGUUUGAAGAAUGACCCGUCCUUUGGGCUGGACUCUAGACGCAGUUGGGUGACUGCGACAUUUCUAUGCCUGUCAUUGAAAACGAUGCUGAUUGGGCAACAUUCGGUUGGCGUACUCUUCUACGGGAUCGUUCGCAUGUACGGUAUCAGCAGGAAGGACGCAUCAUGGCCACUCGUACUGAGCCAGAGUCUGUCUCUCUUGGGAGGUCCGGUGGCGGGAUAUCUCUGCACCCGUUUUUCUUGUCGAGUGGUGUUGCUCGCGUCUACGUUCGCAGGAGGCGCUGCCGUCUCCGCCUGCUUCUUCGCUGACAGCAUCCUCUACUUAAAUAUCCUGUUUGGAAUUGUGUAUGGGUCAGCGACCUGUGGCGUCCACGUGGCCGUUAGCGUUCUCGUCUCUCAGCACUUUGAGAAGCGUCGAGCUACAGCGUGCAGCCUCAUGUACACGCUAACGUGUGUCAACAGCUUGUACUUGCCACCGCUGGCUGAGCUCCUUCGUGUUACUUACGGGAUCCACGGCACUUUACUGUUGCUCGGUGGCAUGAUCAUGAAUGCAUUGCCUCCGGUUCUUGCCGUCCGAAGCCCAGAGUGGGUGAGGCCACGCAGACAGUCUCGAGGCAAUACGGUGAACACUCAAAAAAUGGCUGUGGGAUCUAUGCCAAAUAGCAUUCUUCUAUCCGCAAGUGGAACACAUGAUUGCAAAAAUCCUGGUCAAACCGAAUUAUCGCACGAAAAGACGAUCGAAACAGAGGUCACGCAAGUACCACUUGUCCAGAAUGGCAGCUCCUGUCUCAGCGCCCUCCGAUUACGCGUGUCCCACAGCACAUUAACAGGGAAGGACAAUGUAGGCAAUACAAGCUUCACCACGACUGUGAGAGAGUUCGCCAGCAUGUCAGUCGCGGUUAAUGCCAUAUCUUUCUCUCUAGUUGCUUUUGGGAUGUCUACGUUUCUUCUGUUGUCGGUGGAUAUUGCCGUAGACAAAGGAAUUAUGCCAUCCAGUGGCGUCUUUUUACUAAACGCUUUCGCAGUGGCUGACAUUGCGACGAGACCGCUAAGUGGUGUUGUCAUUGACUCUGGUCUUUUAACGCUAGAAAGCGUUAUGCUGCUGGGAUACGUUCUUCAGCUUCUCGCGCUCGAACUAUUCGUAUGGUUGGACGCUUUCCCGCUGCUUCUGGCUUCCUCUGUUAUAUUUGGUGUCAGUAAUGGGUCAAGAAUCACCCUGCUCCCGCCUUUUUUGGCUAAAGAAUUCGGAGUCGACCGUAUGCCCGGGUUGCUCGGCGGAGUGUCCUUCUGGAGCGGCGUGGUGCUUAUCAGCGGGCCAUUUUUGGUUGGUUACUGGAGGGACAACCUUGGAUCCUACGAUGGUAUUCUUCAUUUUGUGGCUGCACUAAACGCUGCUGUUGCGGUUAUUUGGGUUGCAAAGCUUUAUGUACAAAGGCGGCGCAAGUCCCUUGUAUAG